AUGGUCCAAAUCAAGACCUCAAUUCUGCUCACAACCCUGGGCCUCAUGAGCGCUGGUACCGGUUGCUCUGCCGCAACUAUCACGAACAGCCUGCUACUAGCCGAGGUUGCCCAGAAACUAUCCCUACCAGCAUCGACAUGGUCAGCCAGCGGAACCCACACGGCGAAAGGGUAUACCAGCGAAUCGGCGGGGACGGCUUCUGUGGAGGGCUUGAAGCAGGACUGUGACAAUAUCAACCUCAACAAGAAGUUGGCCGUCGAUUUCCGCAGCGAUGUUUUUGGUCCUGGUGUUACGGGUUUCUUCUACAAAUGUGAGAAGGUUAGCGAGGAUACCAACAACUACUGGUUCACUAUCAGUGCUGUCGACGAGACUCAAAUCGACAAGCUUUGUGAUCCGGAUACUACCUAUCCCAUUGUCUAUGAUCAGCAGCAUGACACUUGGUUCAUUGAUGAGCCUUUCGGUUGUACUCGACGAACCAAUACGGCGGACUUCUUUUAA